UGUUGCUAGCCCAUCUGCCAAGAGAUGCUCAGGUCUUGGAUUCUAGCAUGUCGUGCUUUUUUUCCUGCUGGGUUCAGCAUUUCUGAUUCCAGCAUGUUUAAAUUCUCGCUACUUGGACUGCCUCACACUGCUUCCUUCAGCCUCUGCAUCGCGUUGCUCUGUUGCUCUGUUGGUCUGCCACUUUGUCACAUGUUUGCUCAUCGUGGUGGUGACAGCUGCAGAUCAGAUGUGGAUACAGGCUGUUUUCUCAUUGUGAAGGGAAAAUGAUUCGGCUCAACUGUCCUACCAAUGGGAUGAAGCUGCUGCCUUGCUGAGGUGUACUGGGACCACAUACACAGUGAGUUACAUUGACUGGUGCAACCUAGAAGAGGAGGAAUUCUCCUGUUUGAGUCUUGGUUGUCCUCAAGAUCCUUCCUAGUGGCCUAAGUGUCCUUUUCCUGCCCCCCUCGGUUUGUUUAAUAGAGGUCUGGAAAGCCCAUUUGUAUAAGGCUUUCUUGGGAAAAAAACUCUCAAAAAAGUUAUACAAAUAAACAGAAUUGAAGAUGAACAUCUCACAACAUCAUGGCCUCCACCAUGCCCACAGGAACCACAGUCUGGGUGCAAUGGCUGGAAGCAAGUCUGAGAGGGGAUCCACCUCAGGUUGCUAUGAACAACUACUGGUCCCCACUGAAGUUUUCCUCAUCCUAGGACUGGUCAGCCUGUUGGAGAACGUUCUAGUGAUAGCAGCCAUCAUCAAGAACAAGAACUUUCAUUCACCCAUGUACUUCUUCAUCUGCAGCCUGGCAGCAGCUGACCUCCUGGUCAGUGUCUCCAAUGCCACAGAGACAGUAGUCAUGGCCCUUAUCACUGGCGGCAACCUGAGCAUCUCCGGGGGUGUCGCCAAGACCAUGGACAAUGUGUUUGACUCAAUGAUUUGCAGCUCCCUCUUGGCAUCUAUCUGGAGCUUGCUUGCCAUAGCAAUUGACCGCUACAUCACUAUCUUUUAUGGACUUCGCUAUCACAACAUUAUGACCCAGAAGCGGGCGACCACAGUCAUUGCCAGCAUCUGGACCUUCUGCACGGCAUCUGGAGUGCUCUUCAUUGUCUACUCUGAGAGUCCCACAGUCAUAAUUUGCCUCAUCAGCAUGUUCUUUGCCAUGCUGGCCCUCAUGGCUUCACUCUAUGUCCACAUGUUCCUCCUGGCCAGGCUCCACAUGAAGCGAAUCGCUGCCCUUCCUGGCAAUGGGCCUGUCCCGCAGGCGACCAACAUGAAGGGUGCCGUGACCCUCACUAUCCUGCUUGGCGUUUUCGUGGUGUGCUGGGCACCUUUCUUCCUGCACCUCAUCCUCAUGAUCUCCUGCCCCAGAAACCCUUACUGCAUCUGCUUCAUGUCUCACUUCAACAUGUAUCUCAUUCUCAUAAUGUGCAACUCGGUCAUCGACCCACUCAUUUAUGCAUUCCGCAGCCAAGAGAUGAGGAAGACCUUCAAGGAGAUCUGCUGUGGCUGGGCCUUCGGCUUGAGUUGCGGAUGGAUCUGUGGCAGCUAUGGACUCUCCUCCGAUUGUGUGUGAGCUACGUUCAUCCAUGAAAAAUCUAACUGCAACAAAUGUAACAGAUCGGCUAAGACAUUUUUGGUGUCUGAAGUUUGCUUCUUUAAUUUUGCACUGAAGUACAAGGGUAAUAUAGCUAACAAGUAGUGGAAGCUUCUAUUUAGUGAUUUUCAUUGUGCAAACUGUUACCCUAAAUUAUCGCACCUGUGAAAAGAUACUGUUAUCUAUAAUAAAUGACAAAAUUAUUUGCCUCUGAAAGACUACUGCUACUGCUUUGAGUAGUAAAAUGUGGCUUUGUUCAAUUUUGUAGUUCAUAAUAUAAAAUACAGUGUCAGAAACCACAUAAAUGUACACUCACCGGCCACUUUAUU